GGAGCAAACCACAUACUUUCAAAAUGGGUUGUCUAUCGGGAAUAGUCAACUUUAUUUUAUAUAUUGUCAAUAUCGUGUUUUUGAUCGUCGGCAUCCUCCUGAUCGUGCUGGGAUCGAUCAUGCUGUCCGAUCUGAGCCACUUCGAUGCCGCGGGCAGUGGGACGGACACGAACACCAUCCCCAUCUGCGUCACCGUUCUGGGAGGCCUCAUCUUCGUGGUGUCCUUCUUCGGGUGCUACGGCAUUUUCCGGCAGAGUGCCUGCAUGACCGGAGCGUACACCAGCAUGGUUUUCGUGCUCUUCAUUCUGCAACUGGUGCUCACGUGCUGGGUCUUCGUGAACCGAUCUGCCUUCCUGGGCGACAUGACCAAUCUGGUUAACUUGCUCUGGGACUCCCAUGACUACACUGCCAUGGGCGUGCUGGAGGAAACCUUCGGCUGCUGCGGCGAUACCGGCUAUACCAACUACAACUACAUCGGCCUUUCGGUUCCCGGAACCUGCUGCGGCUACCUGGACCGCCAGGCCACCUGCAGUACCCCCGCGGUCUACCAGUCGAGGCCCGGUUGCAGCGCCAAGUUCGAGGAGUUCUGGAACGACAACAUGGACAUCAUCCGCUGGUCCGGCCUGGGCCUCUGCAUCUUCGACCUGGUCGUCUUCCUCAUCGCCGGCGCCCUGACCAACUGCAUGCGCAAACAGAACGCAGGUCGCCAGGUGUACGCAUAGACUUGGGAGGAACAAGCCAAAGGAUCUAUGUCUACUUACGUUACCAUAUAAUAAACUGUUUUUCGAGCCGUGCCAAUAUUAAUAUAUACCGCUACAACUUAA